AUGGAGGACAUCCUGUCCCGGAUAAUCAGGGAUUCUUCUUCUGUUAAAUACACAAACAUAAAGAGCAGAGCUUCUGAUGCCCGGGAAUUGUUACAAAACAAAGGUCUGUUAGAGGUGACCCCAGCUCAUGUCUUACGGGAAAAAUGUCUGGAACCCCUACAGUUAGCGCUGGAAUCCAAAAAUAAAAAACUGGCAACAGAAGCUAUUGACGGAAUACAGGUGAUAUUUGGAGAUGAUCGGUUUCAGUCCAGUAUUGAGUGUGAGGGAGAGGAGAGGUGGAUGCCAAUACAGAUCCUCAACACUGUGUUGUGUACCCCCUCCUUACCUGAAGACACACAGAUGGAUAUAAUGAAGCUUCUGUUGAAUAUGACAUUUUCUACAUCUUGGUGCAUGAAUGCAAAAGUCAUCACAAAAAUAACACAGGUCUAUAUAGAUACCUACAUGACAAGCACUCAUAAUGUUAGGGGUACAGUGAAGGCAGCUCUCACCCAGCUUCUAACCAGCUUCACAGACAAACUGCAAUCUGCUGACAGCAGAGGGCAAGGAGAUGAUGGUGAUGUUCUUGCUGACUUCAAUCCCAGAGGGAACACGGAUAAGGAUGGACUGACCACAGACACUAUCAACAUUCUACAGUUCUUCACCAAUAAAUUAGAGGAGGCAUUAGGCAGUCAGACCAGAGUAUCAGUUCCCUUGUUGUUAGAGGGAGUACUGACAAUCCUCUCAAACUGCCCCAGAGAAAUCAACUCCAAUGAGCUCUUUCAAGAAAUCAUAUGGAAGAGUCUUUGUCCUUGUUUGAUCUCAUUGUUGGGUUCUCCAAAGUCUGAGAAGACAGUGUUUAGUCAGAAAACACCACAUAAAGAAGAUAUAGGGCGAGGGUCAGGGUGUUCCAUGUCAGCCCCGAAUCUACAGGCAACCACAGCUAAAACUGUCUAUAGUAUUGCAGUUUCCCUGGUGGAGUUGAUGGGUACUAUUGGUACCAUGAGACCUGUUCUGGAGUCGCUGUUCCAUAGAAUGCUGUUGUAUUCACCUCCCCAACAUAGACUGGAUGCCCUGAAAGCUGUCAGAGAACUGCUUAAAACUCCAGAGAACCUGUAUAACUUAGCAGCCCCAGCCAUAGAACCUGUACACAGGGAAAAGGGAGCCAAAAAUCCCAAUGCAGACAUUUCUCUUCUCAAACUGAUUGUUGACUCGCUAGAAGAGUGUUGUAAUUGUAAUGACCUGGCAGUCUGUGUUACCAGUGUUACCUGUGUGGAGGAGAUGCUGGGAGCCCUUGAACUGACCUGUAAGGGAGAGGGUAUCACCCCCAACCUCCAAAGAAGCAUGGCCAAAUUCUACAGAACCCUCUCAGAAACAAGUGUGUCCUGUCACAGCAGUGUUUCCUCUUGUUGCCAGGAAACUGAUGGAGAAACUGACAUCCAAGAGAUUGAUGUAUUCCAAAAGAACAACUUGGAGAAAAAAGAAAGUCAAGGGAUCAUCAAGGGAGAUCACUCCAACACAGAAUAUAGAAUCAGGGAGGAAAUCAAGAAACAGUACAACAGAUUAGGGAGGAAUAUGGAGGAACUGGAGAAACAGAACGCCCAGGAGUUUGUAAGGAAACUGGAGAUGUUUGUACCGAGGCUGGAACAGAUGUUAGAAGUGACAGAAGUUGAUGAAGCACUGCAGCAGUUUGCUGCUGAGUUCUGUACAGCAUUAUAUGAUACUCAGUCACAAAGUGAAAGUGAAAGUCACAUGGCCAUCCUGAAUGCUGAUGGAGUGUAUGUAGCCAGUGUUAGUUCAUUACAUUUAUGUUUACAACUGUCUACGUCAGGAUACUACAACAGGACAGGCUGUUCAAGUAUUACAGAGAAGGAUUUUGUGGACUCUGUGUUGGGGUGUGGACUGUUACUCUUCCUUUCUCCGGCCUGGCUAAGAGAAGUCUACCAUCAGCUGACUAGGAGAAACCUUUUACAGAAUGUAUCAACGACUUCAACAUCACCCCUCAUCAACUUCCUCAAAGACAUAGAUGGUCUUGGGAAUCAUGAGAAGGGAGGCCAGUUCCUCAGCAGCUUUUCAUCUGUACAAACAGAGGAUGAAAUAGAUAACAAAGACAGCCUCAUCAAAUCAGGGAGAAUGUUUGCACGCCAUGUCUUGUCUAAGUGCUGGGACAGUAUCCUAGAUGUUCUGUCAGUACUACUUAACGGGAAAUCAUCUUGUGGGAUCUCUAGCAGCCUGGGACUACUCCUGGGGACAGAGGGAGCCAAGGAAGAGAGCCUGAGGGCAAGGGAAGCCAUCUGUACCAGUCUUAAUGGACUACAGAGGGCAGCAAAGCUCUGCUGUGCACUGGGUUUACAGGAGUAUUGUGGGGCUGUGUUUUGUCAGUUGGCCAGUACGUCCUGUGUCACUCUGGACACACAGAGAAGUCCUGUCCUAGAACGGAAGUCUCUCAACAAACCUACAUCACACAAACCAAAACUUGUCAAGCUUCAUGCAUCUCAUGUCCUGAGUAUGGAUGUUGUCAUGACGACAGGGCUAGAGAUGGGAAGCCACUCUGCUGAUUGCUGGAAACAUUUGUUCAGAUGCUGUGCUUUUAUAUCUGAGUUGGAGCACACUUACUUCAGUAUGGGUAACAACCAUUCCAAUCUCCCCAAACUACAACAGGAGACAGCAGUAGAUUCUGAGAAUCAAGAAAACAUUAAUUACAUAGAUGAACCAGAGUUGUACAGCAUGUCCACCACUGCAGCGGUGCCAGUAGCACCACGGAUUAACAUCACAGAGCUGAUCAGACAGAGUGGGAUUGAGUCUGGGUGGGAGAGGUCAAUCACGGGGGGAGGUGUACUGAAUGCUGCCCAGUCCUCAAAGGCUCUGUGUGGGCUCUCUCAGGAAGUGGACAGACUGUUUGAGGAGGCAGCCAAUCAGCUGAAUCUACAGGCUCUGCUGGACUUCCUGUCUGAGCUGUGUGAUUCCAGUCAGCACCAGCUGUUCAGCCUGACACAGCAGGUGCCCUGGGAGGGAGGGUCCAGGGAGUCACAGUUACCCCCAAAUUCCCUCCAUUUGUAUCGUCUUCAAGAGGUGCUGAUGAAGGUCGUACAUAGUGACCGCCCCCUACUUCACCUCAUGAGGACUUGGAGUGUUGUAUCUCCACAUCUGGUUGAGUCGGCCGGUCACAAGGACAGGAUUGUGUCCAAAAUGGCAGUGACUUGUGUCCAUGACUUUAUUUUGGCCAUGCUGAGUGACCGCCCAGAAUUGGCCUACUUCCACGUCAAUGAGCUGCUUUGUAAGCCAUUUGAGAACAUGUUAUGCCUUGAAGUCUGUGAUGGGGAUGUACAGGACCAGAUUGUAUGCUCUAUCUGUGAGUUAGUGGAGGCCUGUACAGCUGACAUUAAGUCUGGUUGGCGACCAUUGUUUGGAGCUUUACGAGCUGUGAAGAUCGAGUACACAACUAACGAGGAAGUUAACGAUGCUAGGCAGAGACAUGUGGCUGCGGUGCUGGACGUAUUCGAGGUCUACCUUAGUACAGAUAAUGUCCUGGUGUUUGCCAACGCGACAGUAGAUUGUAUUCUGUGUCUUCUCAAGUACAUCAGGGGACCAGGUGAGUUUGACAACUCGAGUGGGGAGGACUCAGACUCAGGAAGUGACUUUGUAAUGGGAGAAUCAGGGGGAGAGAACUUGUGUAUUCCAGCCCUAGGCUAUUUAAAGAGAUGUUCCCAGAUCUUACAAACAAUGUGGAAAAUGCCAGCAUGUCCUGUGUUCAACUGUGCAAAAAGGAUCCAGACCACUCCUACUCACAUGUUUGUUGACUCCAGUCUACCUCAUAUGAACAUGGGAGAUUUUAUCCAGCACUAUGAUGAAGUCAGUCAACAGCGCUGUCAGAGUUGUGUAGCCGAAUUGUCACAAUCAACAGUCGGUCAAAGGGAAGACCCAGCCCUGAAACCUGAGCCACCAGACAAUAUCCCUCACCUGGAUGAGGGCGGAACAGACAGUCUGAAUUCUGUGGAUUCAGGUGUGAUUACUUUGCAGAGUGACAUUAAGUCAAAUAACAAGACGGACAAUGAGGAGGAGGAUACACAGCAAUGUCCCCCCAAUGAGGGGGGUCACCCUGGUGAUUCUGCUGGUCACUGUGAGAGAUGUGCCGCUCUGAGACUCUUACAGAGACAGCCAGGGGGCGCUUCAGACAAUCCCGCGAGUUCUUUUGGUUCAUUGGAUGCUAUAGACAACAGUACGGGGAUCCUACAUGUCUUGUUCCUGUUGUUAGAAGGACUGGCAAGUGCUGUCUCAUCUUGUCCUAAAUCGUAUCAACCCGAGACGCUCGAGAUGUUGUUUGAGCUGCUCAAGGCCACAGCAGAUGUUCCUGGUGCUGAGUUUGCCCUAUUUUGUGUAAACAGUCUCCUUCUACCGAUGAUUCAGUCUUGGUUACGAGAGGGAAGCCGUAAGCUUGGAUAUUGGGACUGGGGGGCUAACAACUUUAAGCAAUGCUGUGGCCUGUGUACAGACUUGGUAGUGGAACUGGUGCACAAGUUCUCAGGUACAUCCACAAGGGUUUCCCAAUCUGUGGAGCUGAUGCUGAAACAAUUGUACAACAUCCUGGUGGAGUGUAUCUCCCAGCCUGCUGAGGUUAUCUCAAGACUGGGCUGCUCCUGUAUAAGACAUGUAAUGCUCAGUGCAGGAAGGUCAUUUAAUGAAGAAAUGUGGCAGAUCAGUGGAGUUGCCAUGGAGACAGCAUUAGACGUAUCAACAUUCCAUCUGAGACAGCUGAUGUUGUUGUUCCAUGUCGACUCAGACAAUUUCUAUGGAGACAUCGCACAGGUCAAGGUCGCAAUGAGACGGGACAGUUCGCCACAGGAAUGUUAUAGACUGAGACAUCUAGCUCACCAGGUAUUCCUUUUAGACAGUCAGAUGGCUGUCCAUCAGUUAACAGUUGAUGUGGAGGAGGAUAAGUCCUUUGUUUUUCUGUUGUACAAAUCUGGGGAAGACAACAGUUUGAAUCCAGAUGACAUUCUUCUCAGAUUGCCGUUUAGAAAUGUGGUGGUUGGAUUAUUAGCCAAUCAAUUGUUACUGCAAACCAUCGGUAGUGUUCUCCUCAGUGCUGAUUCAGCAACAUCCAAGACUAGAAUGUCAGGAAUGAUUCCACUGUUAUCUGUCAGAAAUAUUGUUAAGAUGCUUGAGUGUCUAAGGAACUCCUACAAGCUAGCUAUAGAGUUUGAUUCCAGACCUGGACUUAAGUUCCUGAUCCAAAAGGUGGCAAGAACAGAGGUGGCUGUUAAUCUGUACAAACAAGCUGGAGCCAGCAUGGUGUUCUUUAUCCAUACACUUCUACAGAUCGGUGCUAACCUUCCCAACUUCAAUAAGGUGAAGGUCAAACAUCUGUCUCACUCAGUUCAUCAGAGUCUCCUUGAUGUUUGUUACAGAGAUACAAAACAUUGUUUAAGUACUGUAGAUGUGUUUUCUAGUCCAGAGUUAUUCAUUCAGCUUUUGAAGGCUAUCUGUGAUGAACUAUGUCAGACGUAUGUAGACAUUUUGUCAGAUGAGACGUCCAGUCGUGUUGAUACUAUGGCUGAACAGCAGGUGUUUUUCCUGAUUGCUCAGCCUGAUGAUAUUUCUGAUAUUAUGAGCAAACGAAAGAAAGGCCAUACAGAAAUCUUAAAAUCAAAACCGACAGCCAAUGAUCUGAUGUCCUCAGCUGUUCCUCUACAGGAGCAAGCCUGUCUGAGUUCUGGAGGAAGCUCUGAAGAUGAACAGGAAGUGGAGAGUUCAGAUUCAGACCAUCCAACCAAGAGUAAGCGAGAACUACGGGAGGAACAGGACAGUAAGGUGUAUACUAUCGCCACGGAUACGCUCAUCAAGUCCCUAAUGACUGAGUACAAGAGACGUAAGCAGGCUAAUGCCAUGCCAAAGUUUGUCAAAAUCUCCAAAACAAAAAAAGAACUCAAGGAGAGAAAAUCUAAAGAACCUGUAGACAAAGUCGACAAACAGAUAGAGGCCCAGAGGAAGACGUCUUACAUGAAGGAUAGCGAGGCCCGGAUCCAAUCCUGGACAGAACUCUUGUGUACAGUACUUGGACUGUUCCAUCAGCUCCCAGACUCCGAAUUCCAGGUUCUUCUUCCAACAGUGUUCAACUGCGUCAAUCAGCUGGUGUGUCAUGCCACAGAACAGAGACUGAGAGAUUCAGUGGGACAGAUUAUCUACAGACUCGGGAACAUACUAGACUUAACCAAUGAUAGUGAAGGUUACAGCAAUGUUAAGUCAGCCAAUCAUAAAAAAGAUAACAUUGAUUUCAGUGCAGCCAAUGACAGCCAAAAUAACAAAUAACCAAUACAGCUCUUGCUUUCUAUAAAAUUUCUGUAGGGUCUGAUUAACUGUGGGAUAAAGAUCACAAUGGGAUAUAAAGUAGUAUUGCAGCAUUAUAAAUCAAUUACAAUGAAAAAAUUGUGCAAUUGUCAAAACAUUUUAUUGGAGGCAGAGGUUUUUACAGUCACCAUUCAUGUUAAUGAUAAGUAUUGUUCAGGUUUAGAAGAAAAUUUAUUCAAAUUCAAGUACAAACUUUAGAAACCCUAAUUCCGAACAGUUUGACUUUUAGGCACUUUUAAAGGUACAUUUGUAUUUAAAAAUGGACUAACAUACUGUACAUUAGCUCUGUGACUGAAAUACAUAUUAUAAACCAUGUGCAAUAUUUUUCUACAUAUAAAGUCCCUUUACUUACGCAUGUACCUCAUUUCUUUUCUUUUGAAAAGCGAUAAAUGAGUUUAUUUCCUUUGGUGCUUUGAUUUUACUAUACGAGGGUUAAUUUCUAAUCAAGAUUUAUAUCUUAUUCAACUUUGUCUAUGUUCAGUCUCAUAAGCAUUCCAUAAACAUGUUUUCAAUUUUUUUUUUCACUUCUUCAAAAAUGAUUUAGGGCCUCUUAAUUAAACUUUUUUUUAUUUGGUCUGGAAGAAACUUUUACAUUGUAGGGCAUUUGGAUUUCUAGCGGUCAUUUGAAUUUGGGUCUGAUACCUCAGGUGACUAUUGUGGCCCGUAGGCCUCCUGUUUAUUAUUUUCAUUCCACAGCUCUAUAGAGCUCAUUAAAAACAUUCCAUUUUUUAAAUAGGUUACCUGAGUCACUCUCCCCCCAUCCCCACUCCAAACUUGCACAUAUGAUGUAUCUAGGGGUGCACACUACCAGACUUGGUUUGGAUGCUUGUAUCUAACUUCCAUUUUCCAUGAGAUUGAUGAAGUUUUCGUUUUUAGAAAAAAGUCCAUUCUGAAGUAACUAUACACCAUGUGACUAACAUUGCAUGAAUGAUACAUCUAAGGAUGCACACACUACCAGACUUAAAUUGGUUUGAAUGCUGAAUAUUACAUUUUCUGACAGAAAGUUAUUGGAGUAGGUUCCUCCCCAAUAAAAAUCCUAGCCAGACCAAACUUUUAGGAAUGUUGCAUCUACCUGAACAUUUGCUUAGAAAGGCACUUUGCCAUACUUGUAGAUAACAUUUGUUGAGGUGAGAUAUUAAUUUUUGAUUACCACUGUUUCCAAAAAAUUAACAAGGUUAUAGCUUGAAAAAUUCUUACUGAAAUUAGUUUACUUGUAAUUGAUCAUGUACAACUUGUUCUAUAUUGAAAAAAAAAUCUUGCCCAUCAAAGCCAAAAAAUACACGACUGUAAUGUCUACAUCAAGUAUUGCGAGUUAAUAUAAUGAAGAUCUAAAUAUGAUUUUUAUGAUAGAUUUAAUUGAUUUUGAUGUAUUUAUUACAAGAGUAAAUUGGGACUAUUUUUAAAUUUCCCCUAUAGGUGUCUACAUAAAUAUAACAUUUUUAAAUAUGGUUGUUAUUUAAUAUAAAGUCUGUGAAAUAUUUAUUGUU